UUGGGUUGUGUAAACGAGCGAGCUUAUCAUUUAUGUCCGUAAUGUCUCAGGUAGUCGUAAAGUUAUAUACGCCAAUCAAGUGGGAUUCCUUUAUUCUUCGUGCGAUGCAUAAUUCGGUAUAAACGAAAGACCAUUUGGAGCUCGGGUUCGUUGAGAGCAUCUUGAGAACCAUAAUUAUAUAUACUUAGGUAGGUAGUUACCAUGUUAGAUACUAGUACUCGAUGCUCCCGAAGAGAGAUGCUAGUAGGUACUUAAAUUCGACUGCUACUUCGUAGUGAGUUUGAAGUGUUAGAUACAUCUUCAUAUGCAAAGUACCAUAGGCGGAUGUCGUCAAGUGUAUAGAAGCAUGCAAAUGUCGCUUAGCUGAGCUGAUGCUGUGAGGCUGAGACAGCUGUUAUUAAACUGGGCUAUGGCUAGCUGGCUAGCUGGAUGUAUGGCUGUGCCAACCGUACCUAUGCAACAUUCGACCUGUCGACCCAGAGCCUUUUCUGAUCAUCAAUUCAUCUUGACCAGCCUAACACGUAAAAAUCAGCAAGAUGCCGCAAACUCACCCCCGAAACCAAAUCAUACUUGCGCCGUCAAGGGUAGACCAUAACGGCAUCAUGUCUAUCUUUCUGGCCGGUACCACUACUAAGACAGACGAUACCCGGGACUGGCGCGAGGUGCUAACCGAAUCGCUCGCGGAUCUGCCCCUCACCAUCAUCAACCCGUAUCGAUUGGAUUGGGACUCAAGCUGGCGAGAGGAUAUUACAUGUGAACCUUUUCGAGAACAGGUGGAAUGGGAACUCGACAUGCAGGAAAAGGCUCAUAUAGUCGUCAUAUUCUUCCACCCGGUAACUGAAGCGCCCAUAAGCCUGCUUGAGCUUGGACUUUGCGCGAGAGCUAAGAAAGCCAUCGUUGUUUGUCCUGAGGGGUAUAAGAAGAGAGGAAACGUCCAGAUUAUAUGUCAAAGAUAUGGACUUGAAAUCGCAGAAAACUUUGAUACAUUAAAAGAAGCCAUCUUGAAGAGAUUGCCAACAGGUUCUCUAUGAGCUUGGAGGAUAUCAUGGGGGUUUGCCCGAGGGCCUGAGUUUAUGGGGGAAUGUCCGAGUUUACAACAAUAAUGAAUAACAUUUGCUUCAAAAGAAAGACAUCAUUAUACAUUAUACAUGAUCUUCCAUACCCACAACAGGGCUAAACCCCCCUCUUGCCAGCAUU